CAAACCUAUUGGUUAAAAGAACUAAAUAAUCUCAAACAGCAAAUUGGUGAGCCUAUUGAUAUAUACAAUAGAAGAUUCACUCAAUUACUUAAGCAAAUUAAGAUUAGAAUGAAAGUAAAAGAUGAUUGUGCCAAAUCAACACCUGUGUUUGAUGAUCAAGAAGAAACUGAGAGCAACCUACUGGAGGAUCAUGUAGAAGACUUAAGAAUUGAGUAUCCAGAUGAAAUUGUAAUUCAUUUAAAAGAUUUAAUAGUUCCAAUUGAAAAACUUGAGUUUAAUAAUUACAAUGAUACUUAUCUUUGUAAUUCAGUUUGGUGA